CUGGCCUGCUCUUUAAAUUUGAAACUGCGCGGUUAAUUAACGGCUAUAUCAUAUAAUAACAGCUCAUAUGCAAUUACCAUACAGAAGAAUUUCGCUUAGAACCCUAACUUUUUUAUCAGUAGCAUCCUCUCAAUCUCCAAAAAUCUCACGCCUAAAUGCCCAAAUUUGUAUCGAUGCCCGAAUCAUUAAAACGGGUUUCGACCCAAACAUAUCUCGCUCCAAUAACCAGGUCAAAAUCCUUCUUCAAAGUGGCCGAUUAUCGGAAGCACGCCACCUGUUCGAUCAAAUGUCUCACAGAAAUACCGUCUCAAUUAAUAUGAUGAUGUCGGGUUAUGUUAAGGAGGGUAAUCUUUCUAUUGCUAGAGAGCUUUUUGAUGGCAUGGUUGAUCGAACUGCUGUGACUUGGACAAUUUUGAUUGGUGGGUACUGUCAGUUUGAUCAAUUUAGUAAAGCUUUUGAGCUUUUAGCUCAUAUGAAUAGGGAUGCUGUGAAGGGUGAUUAUGUGACAUUUGCUACUCUAUUGUCAGGAUGUAAUGACCCGAAAAUGGCGAAAGAAUUGUUUCAAGUUCAUUCCUUUGCUGUUAAAUUGGGGCAUGAUUCGGCUAUUAUAAUUUGCAACUCAUUGAUUGAUUCUUAUUGUAAAAUGCAUCGCUUAGAUUUGGCUUGUCGGGUAUUUGAGGAAAUGAGUGAAAGGGACUCUGUCACUUAUAAUACGUUGAUAACAGGAUACGGAAAAGAAGGAUUGAAUGAUGAGUCGAUAAAUCUUUUCAUGGAGAUGCAAAGUCUAGGGUUUAAACCUUCGGAUUUUACCUUUCAGGCUGUUUUAUGCGCUUGUAUUGGUUUAGAUGACAUAACAUUGGGGCAACAGGUUCAUGGUUAUGCUGUGAAGACGGAUCUUUCUUCGAAUGUCUUUGUGGGGAAUGCAUUGCUUGAUUUUUACUCGAAGCACGAUUGUGUAAAUGAUGCUAAUAAGGUUUUUUAUACAAUGCCCGAGUUGGAUGGCGUUUCUUACAAUGUGAUGAUCACUGCUUAUUCAUGGAUUGGAGAUUAUGAUAAAUCUAUUAAUCUGUUCUAUGAGUUACAAUUCACAAAAUUUGAUAGGAGAAAUUUCCCUUUUGCAACCAUGUUGAGUAUAGCAGCAAAUACGUUAGAUUUGAGACUAGGUCAGCAACUUCAUUCCCAAGCCAUUGUGACAACAGCUGAUUUAGAAGUUCUGGUGGCGAAUUCUUUGGUUGACAUGUAUGCAAAAUGUGGAAGAUUUGAUGAAGCCGAAAGGUUAUUUAUCAAAUUGAGCAGUAAAAGCACCGUUCCAUGGACCGCCAUGAUUUCUGCGAAUAUUCAGUUUGGACUUUUCGAAGAAGGUCUAAGACUGUUCAACGAGAUGCGUAGAGCCAACACAAGUGCUGACCAGGCUACUUUUGCGAGUGUCUUGAAAGCCUCAGCAAGUUUAGCUUCAAUAUCACUGGGGAAACAGAUACACUCAAGUUUGAUAAGAUCGGGUUUUAUCUCAAACGUAUAUUCCGGGUGUGCACUCGUGGACAUGUAUGCAAAAUGUGGGUCCAUAAAAGAGGCAAUUAAAACAUUUAAAGAGAUGCCAGAAAGGAACACAAUCUCUUGGAACGCGUUAAUCUCAGCAUACGCUCAGAACGGGGAUGGUGACGCCACUCGUAAAUCAUUCGAUGAGAUGAUUCGUUCAGGUUAUCAACCGGAUUCAGUUAGCUUCCUCGGUGUCUUAUCAGCUUGCAGCUACUGUGGACUAGUUGAAGAAGGAUUGCAAUAUUUCAACACCAUGACUAAAGUCUAUAAAGUUGUUCGAAAGAGAGAACAUUUUGCUUCUAUGGUUGAUAUGCUAUGUAGGAGCGGACGAUUUCAGGAGGCGGAGAAUUUGAUAGCUGAAAUGCCUUUCGAACCCGAUGAGAUAAUGUGGUCAUCGGUAUUGAACUCGUGUAGGAUUCAUAAGAAUCACGACUUGGCUGAGAGAGCCGCAAACCAACUCUUCAACAUGGAUGUGCUUAGGAAUGCUGCGCCAUAUAUUGCAAUGUCGAAUAUCCUGUCUGCCGCAGGUCAGUGGGAUAAUGUAGGGAAGAUAAAGAAGGCAAUGAGAGAGCGCGGACUCAAGAAACUUCCGGCUUAUAGUUGGGUCGAAAUUAAGCACAAGGUCCAUGUUUUCUCAGCAAAUGAUAAGUGUCAUCCACAAAUGAAAGAAAUUUUACACGAAAUAGAUAUGUUAUCAGAACGAAUGGAGAAAGAAGGAUAUGUGCCUGAUUCAAGCUGUAAUCUUCACAAUGUAGAUGAAGACCUCAAGAUUGAAUCACUUAAAUAUCACAGCGAAAGGUUGGCAAUUGCUUUUGCACUGAUCAGUACUCCGGCAGGAUCACCUAUACUGGUUAUGAAAAACUUACGAGCCUGUACGGAUUGCCAUGCUGCAAUCAAGGUGAUAUCCAAAAUUGUCGGAAGGGAAAUUACAGUUAGGGAUUCAAGUAGAUUUCAUCAUUUUAAAGAUGGCUUCUGCUCUUGUAAGGAUUACUGGUAAUGAAGUCAUUCUGCUAUAAAAAAACUUGAUUUUAAUAACAUCAAUUCAAUAGCACACUUCUGAAUUA